AUGAAACGAAUAUAUAUAUUAUUUGGUUUGGUCUCAAUAACUGUAGUAAAUUUAACUGCUCUUUUUGGUGCUAUUAUAUUACCAUUUCGAAAAAAACCUGCAUUUAAAUGGAUUCUUAGUACUUUUAUUGGUUUAGCUGUUGGUACACUUCUUGGUACAGGAAUAUUUCAUCUUAUUCCAAUGGCAUUUAGUGUUGAAGAUUAUGAUAAAGAACUUACUUUUCUUACGAAAGGUCUUAUUGCAAUAAUUAUUAUUUAUUUAUUUUAUAUGCGUGAUCAAUUAUCAAAAGUUUUUUUCCAUGUUGAAACAGCUGUUUCAACACAUGAACAUGGUGAUGAAGAUCUCUCACCAAUUCUUCAUCAGAAAAAUACCAAAAGUUUAAAAGAAAAUUUACAAACAAUGAAACCUAUUGGAUGGAUGAUUUUAGUUAGUGAUUUACUUCAUGGUUUUAUUGAUGGUUUAACAAUUGGUGCAAUAGCUAUGGUAUCAAUAGGUGAUUGUCUUCGAAUGAUGGUGCCUAUUGUUUGUGAAGAAUUUUCUCAUAAACUUGGUGAUACUGCUAUCUUAUUAAGUAGUGGUCUACCAAUAAAACAAGCUCUUCUAAUGAAUUUUUUAUCAGCAUGUGGUUGUUAUCCUGGUUUUUUUCUUGGAGCUAAAUUAGGUCUACUUGAAAAUUUUCAUCCAUGGGUUUGUGCAUUAGCUGGUGGAAUGUUUAUUUAUAUUGGUCUAGCUGAUAUGAUUCCUGAAUUGAUUUCUAUGGGUGAUGAAAUUGAAAAAGAUUUUGUUAUGGAGAAUAAAACAGUUUCAAAAAUGUUGAAAAUUAAAAUAUUAAUCACUCAAAAUCUGGGUGUUAUUGCUGGUAUUGCGAUUAUGUUUCUUUUGGCAAAAUAUGGAGAAGUUUUAUCAGAAUACUUUUGA